GCUGCCAGCCAUGUAGGUUGUGUGCGGAACUAGCGUGACGCACCCGGCAUCCGCAGUCCACGUUGUAUGAGCACGUUGCUUCACCACGCAACCGAAACGUCGAGAGGGACGACUUCAACACGAUGAAAUAAAGUACCGCAGUGGUUCUAGAAGACAAGUAUUCUCAAACUUCACUGCAGAAAAUGAUAGCCGACACAGCUUUUCCAGCCAACAGUCCCUGGUUGUGUGACAAGGAACAGAAUUGGGGUGAUUUGGAAAAUCACUGGGACUCGUUUCCAUGGUCUCUCUCAGACAGUGAAGUUCAUGACUUCAUUACGAAGCUAAAUGGGGAGGAAAUUGAGAACGAAGCAGACACAGACCUGAUCUCCACACUGCAGCCAGACAUGCAGCUGUGGCAAAGUUCAGAUGACCUCGACUUUCUGUCAUCGGUCACACUAGACUUACUGGAUGAGGAAGAUGAUGAGUUUCACAUACAGAACAAUGUCAACAAUUUUUUUGUCUGGGAUAGAGACAGCAGCCAAACGCACCAAUGCCACAACAUUAAUUCAGUCAGGGUACUCCAGUGGCAGUGACAGCUGUAUCAGUGUUGAUGAGAAUGAUACUCAAAAGUCAGACAAGAAAGCUAAAAGUGUCUGUUCCACAUCGCUGACCGCCGUGAAGUCCCAUGUGGAAUCAAAAAAGUGCAAGACAAAAGCUGAUGCCCCAUCAAUGAAAAGACGAUGGAGCAGCAUGGAGUUUGAAGAACAACAAGAGGUUAUCACGGAGCUAGCAGAUAUUAUUAGCAUGCAGCUGGGUGUGAGAGAGAGGCUGGAGGCAAUACAUAUCAUCAAUCCUCACUGUCAAGUGUCACCCACUGAUAAAGAUUUUUUAAUAGAUGUUGAAGGUAUUACAGAUCAGCAGUUUAUAGCUCUUCAAAAAUUUGUGCACAGACACACAGUAAAUACAUCAGAUCUGCAUGGUGGGAACUGCAAUCUUAAUCGCCAUCUUCGACAGCAGGGAAGGGCCACUCCAUCAAAACAUUGUCCAGGAGAUCUUCACCGACAAAACAAAAACAAGAGUGGGCGGCGUAAGCGCACGGAACAGAAGACAUUUCAGCCAAUGACAAAAGUGGCACGGCAACGGCAGAAAGAAAAACAAAGUGGCUAUUUUUUACACGAAGUUUGGAUGACUGUCUCCUCAUCCCCUAAGCCAGGAAAAGAGCAAGACAUUGAUGAACAUAUAGACAUUUUGGAAUAAUGUUUUUUUUUUUUUAAAUACUUGGGUGUGCACUUGUAUGUCUGCUGUGUGAACAAGAUGUCAGUGCAAUGUGACAUAGGACUCUGAUUCUGCACAAAAUUACUUGAAAAUCUCCCAGUUUUUCCCGGAGAUGGAUGCUUAGUAUUCAGCUGCUUUCUACAAUGAAGUGUCAGUUUUGGAGGAGGACUAUGUCAUGCAGUCAGUAAAGUGAAGAUGAGAGAAGUGGCCACAUUGUUGCUGUGGUGCUUUGAUGUACAUGAUUCCUGUAUGUGGUGUACAUACAUGAUUAUGCCUUUUGAGGUUGGUGCUUUAUUUUUAAUAAUCACAAAUGGUACAAAACCAUAUGCACCUAAUCAAUAUUUGUGUUGACACAGAUGCUCUACACUCAAAAACAAAAGGCAUUUAUAAGUGCAAAAUCUAAGUCUCAUAUAAAUGUAUGAAAUCUAAAGGGCUCUUGAAGGCCUUUUUUUCUUUGUUGACUUGUUUACUAUGUAAAUCAGCAUCAACAUGGGUAGUGGACAACAGUGUCCACAGAGAACACUUUGGCUUCUUUGUCUUCUUCUUGGUAAGAACAUUCUAGUGGCCAGCAAGACAAAGUUGUGACAUUUUCAUGGUUUAAAUGACAAUGAAACUCUCUUCUCACUUUUCCAAACUGAAAUUUGUAAAGAAAGGUAAUGUAUUAAGCAACUUAACGAAGAGCAAAGGAACUGUCCCUAUCUUUGUGACUAUGCCGUAAGUGCCUAAAUGGACAAAAACCUGUUGGUCUGUAGUGUCUUUGUCAAAAUGGAAGAGCAGUAAUGUAGGCAUGUUUUCAGAACCUUGAACUUGAGCCAGCAUUUUCACUUGCAAACUUAAAAUGUUUAGUGCUUUAACCCUUAGCUCAUUGCAGAAACUUUUCCCUCCCUGGUGCAUUGUUUAAUAAUUGUAGGUGGAGGUCUGCUGCAGAUCAGGCCUUUUGACGAAGAUAAGGUGGCGACCUUCAUUCCAAGACCUUUAGCCAUAGGGAAAGCAAGCAUGGGCAGUCAGCUGCCUGCAGUCCCACAUGGAGGAAUUUUUUGUUGACUCCAAACUAGUUUUCAGCUUAGACUGAGGCCAAAAAUGUCAUCGUUCCUUUGUGUAGAGGCUUAGCACUGCGGGAUUUGUCACAGGAGUUCUUUUCCCUGAUGAUUACUAGCAAAGUCUGUGAUUCCAUAUGUCAUUAUUGUUUGACUUUGUGGGAGACAGGGUCUUUAGAGAAAUGUCAAAACAAAUUUGAUCGGAAGUCCUUCUGUUCCACUUCCAACUGAUCAUCUUGUUCCUGAAAGAAUGAAACAUUAAAAGAAACUGCCACCUCUUGAA